GAGGAAGUAAACAUCCCUACUCGGCGGGUUCUAGUUACAGGCGCCACAGGGCUUCUUGGCAGAGCAGUUUACAAAGAAUUUCAGCAAAGUAACUGGCACACUGUUGGCUGUGGCUUUCGAAGAGCAAGACCAAAGUUUGAACAGGUGAACCUGUUAGAUUCUGAAGCAGUUCAUCACCUCAUUCAUGAUUUUCAGCCUCACGUCAUAGUGCAUUGUGCUGCGGAGAGAAGACCAGAUGUUGUUGAGAGUCAGCCAGAUGCUGCUUCCCAGCUGAAUGUGGGUGCUUCUGGGAAUUUAGCAAAGGAGGCAGCUGCUGUUGGAGCGUUUCUCAUCUACAUUAGCUCAGAUUAUGUGUUUGACGGCACAAAUCCCCCUUAUACAGAAGAAGAUAUACCAAAUCCCUUGAAUCUCUAUGGCAAAACAAAAUUAGAUGGAGAAAAGGCAGUCCUGGAGAACAAUUUAGGUGCUGCUGUUUUGAGAAUUCCUGUUCUGUAUGGGGAAGUUGAAAAGCUUGAAGAAAGUGCUGUGACUGUUAUGUUCGACAAGGUGCAGUUCAGCAACAAGUCAGCCAACAUGGACCACUGGCAGCAGAGGUUCCCCACACACGUGAAGGAUGUAGCCAGUGUGUGCCGGCAGCUGGCAGAGAAGAGGAUGCUGGAUCCAUCCAUUAAGGGAACCUUUCACUGGUCUGGCAACGAGCAGAUGACCAAGUACGAAAUGGCAUGUGCGAUUGCAGAUGCCUUCAACCUCCCGAGCAGUCACUUAAGACCUAUUACUGACAGCCCCGUCAUAGGAGCACAACGCCCCAAAAAUGCUCAGCUUGACUGCUCCAAAUUGGAGACUUUGGGCAUUGGCCAGCGGACGCCAUUUCGAAUUGGAAUCAAAGACUCGCUCUGGCCUUUCCUCAUUGACAAGAGAUGGAGACAGACUGUCUUUCAUUAGUUUAUGUGCUGUGUAUUUUUUAAAUGAAAAGUAUAGUAUGUGGCACUUUUCAAGAAUAAAGGAAAUAGUUUUGUAUGAGUACUCCUUAAUUGUGACUCAUGAUCCUUCAGGUAAAUGAUGCUGUUGCACUAGGAGAAUGUCGGAGAGACUGAGGGCAGCCAUGCCUUGUUUGCAGUCAUGGUUUUGAGUUGAUCCUUUCGUUCUGGUUCACCUUCCUCUUCAAGAAAUAUAAAUUAUGAUUCUUAAUGUCUGAGAGCUGGGAUGAAACAGACUGUUAGACUCUGGAUGAAAUGCAUUAUCCAUUCCUGUAACUUUGUUUUUGUUUUGUUUGUGGACCUUUGUAUAUUGAUAGUUUCAGCGCGUGUAGGAUCCUGUGAAAAUCAUCGCUGCUCAUUGUUUGCUUUGCUUGAGCCCAGAUCAAAAUGCUUGAAGAAAAGGAAACUUUAUUUUUGCAACUUUAAGUAUGGUUUUUAUGCUUGAUUCUUAAUGUGUUGUGUAUAUCAGAACUGUAUA